AUGGCGAACACAAUCCUAGAUAUAUUCUAUUCUUUAUCCAGCUGUAUAUGCUGUUUUCCGAGUACUCCGCAGUUAAAGAUCAACAACAGAAGCUUCCGCAUGCUUCGGCUGCUAGGCGAGGGCGGCUUCUCAUAUGUCUACCUCGUCCAAGACACCUCCGAUUCCGCUCUCUAUGCACUCAAGAAGAUCCGCUGUCCCUUCGGCCAAGAAUCGGUGUCCCAAGCCCUCAAGGAAGUCGAAGCGUAUACUCUGUUCGCGCCGCACCCUAACAUAAUCCACGCUGUCGACCACGCCGUGCAAACAGAUUCAACCACGAAAGUCUCUGGGAUUGGGACAGAUGCGGCGAACGGGGCUAGUAAAACCGUCUACAUCCUCUUGCCUUAUUACCGGAGGGGUAAUCUGCAAGAUAUGAUCAACGCGAACUUAGUAAACCACACCCGCUUCGGUGAGAGACGGCUCAUGCAAUUGAUGCUCGGAGUCUGCAAAGCACUGAAAGCCAUGCACCAAUACCGCGUGCGGAAUACGCCAUCACGGUCCGCCGCACAAUCUAUGCGCGACGAUGCCGCAAGUGAAGAUGCCGACGCCGCAAAGCGGAAAGCUCGCGUUACCAAACGAACAACGACGGCGUCACAAGAAAACCAAGAAGAUUUGGCGGAAGAGCAGGAAGAACCGCUCAUGCCCUCCGAUGAAGUCACCCGCGCGCAAGACGGCAAGAAUCCCGGCGAAACGCGGGCCUAUGCACACCGAGACAUCAAACCUGGUAACAUCAUGAUCGACGAUGACGGCCGUACCCCGAUCCUGAUGGAUCUAGGAUCCCUUGCACCAAGUCCAACGCCUAUAACGUCCCGCUCCCUCGCUAUCGCCGUGCAAGACACGGCGGCCGAACACAGUACCAUGCCUUACCGCGCCCCCGAGCUCUUCGACGUCAAAACCGGCUCCGUCAUCGACACGAAAGUCGACAUCUGGAGUCUCGGAUGCACGAUGUAUGCUUGUCUCGUCGGGAAAUCUCCUUUCGAAGCCAGAAGCGACGAGACUGGUGGUAGUCUCAGCAUUUGCGUGUUGGGUGGAGACUGGAGAUGGCCUGAUGAGGGAAACAUCUCAAAGGGCAAGAACAAAGUCGGAUCAACGCCUUCGCGUUCAAAUACAGCGCUGUCGCCGGACGGCGCCUCGGCGGCGAAUGGAGACGCAAAUAAAUCCCCCAAUGCGACCAUGGGAGCUUCUGGUGGGAGAAUAUACCCGCACCCGGCCGCGAGGGAAGUCGUCAGGAGGUGUCUACAAGUUGAACCGGCGGAGCGGCCAGACGUGGACGAAUUGAUGACCUUGAUUGAUACAUGUCUCAGCGAGUUGCCUGAAGAUGAUGAAACGGGAGGCUCGGAGGGCGAUGGUGAUUUGUGA